GUCUCUUUUUUUUUUUUUCUUUUUCAUUCAUUCCCCCAAAACAGAGAGAGCAUUAGGGUUUCAGUAGCACCGUAAAUCGGUUGGUUAUUAAUCAUUGAGUUAAAGAAGAAGAAGAAGAAGAAGAAUGAAUCCACUGACGUUAGUGAAGCGUAUACAGAACAUAAACUCAAAGGAAGCAUCGUUAGGUAUCUCUGAGGAGGCUUCAUGGCAUGCUAAAUACAAAGAUUCAGCAUAUGUUUAUGUUGGAGGCAUUCCUUUUGACCUAACUGAAGGAGAUCUUCUUGCUGUUUUUGCUCAGUACGGUGAGAUUGUUGAUGUCAACCUGGUUAGAGAUAAAGGCACCGGAAAAUCGAAAGGCUUUGCUUUUGUUGCAUACGAGGACCAGAGAAGCACAAUUCUUGCUGUCGAUAAUCUGAACGGUGCUCAAGUUCUUGGUCGUACGAUAAGAGUGGAUCACGUUACUAAAUACAAAAAGAAAGAAGAAGAGGAUGAAGAAGCAGAGCAACAGAAACGAGAGGCAAGAGGUGUGUGUCGUGCGUUUCAGAGAGGCGAAUGUACACGUGGCGCUGGAUGCAGAUUCUCUCAUAAUGAGCAAAGAGCUGCAAACACGGGUUGGGGUGCUGAAGAUGCUAAAAAUUCAAGAUGGGAGAAUGACAAGUAUGUAGGCCCAACAAGAGGCCCAGGCUCGGGCCCAUCACAUCGGGGGAUGCGUGACAAAGACGGCUGCGACAGACAAAAAGAAACAAGUUCAAGAGAUGAAGAUACCAGAAGCAGUAGAAUGAAACCGGACAAAAAAGAUGAAGAUUAUUUUGGUAAAAGAUCAUCCAGGUAUGAUUCUGCAGAUGAUGAUCGAAGGAAUGAAAAGAGGUCAAAGUAUGACUCGGAAUCUUAUCGAAGAGAGCGUCAAGAAUCUGACAGAAGAACAAGUCGUGACCACAGAAGGAAGGAUGAAGAUCACCGCGUAAGAUCACAUAGAGAAUGAAUUGUCUUUUAGUGGUUGAGAUUGUUGAAAUUGUUGAGGUGUUUUGCUAUAUCAACUGGGUUCAUUCAUAUGCACCAAGUUUGGCUUCGAUAAUGGAUUCUUCUCCUAAGUAAACACUAGUUGCUCGUGCAUUUUUAGUUAGUUGCUGCUAAUAUGUUUUUUCGAGUGUGUAUUAUGGAUUAGAGGCAAUUUCGACAUAUUGUGUACUUGUGACUUGUGAUGUUCGAGGCCAAGAUGGGUUAAGCGAAAGAUUUGACGACAAAGAAAGGGAGUCGUCAUAUGAGUUGGAAGUUAUCCGGAUUAUAUGUCUAAUAACAUAUGAGAAUUUUUAAA